AUGAACCAACAAUCAGCGAACACCUCCUGCACACAAAAGACGCAAACGCCUGAUAUCGAGACGAACCAUGAUGCACUUACGAAGGCUGACCAUGCUUUGCAUGGUUUGGUUUCCUCUUAUCGAGAGUCAGAUGACCUGAGCAAAAUCCCAGAGAUGGUUUCUCUGGCAAGACAGACACUUGCAAUCACCAUUGAAGGUACUGAACAGCGUCCCAUGUGGUUGCAUGCUCUUGCCUGGUCUCUCUACCAAAAGUACAAGCACAUUGAAGCCGACGGGGACUGUGUUCAAGAAGCAUCAUCGUUCGAACGGAAAGCUAGAGAUGCGUCACCUAUAGAUUCUGCGGAUUUCGACAAGUACUCUUAUUGGUUGGGACUACAGCUGGGCGAUCUUUUCUUCCACAGUGAAGAUAUAUCUGAUCUCAAUGAAUCCAUUGCCCUGACAGAGUCUUCGUUACAUAAAAUGCGUGAUGGAAAUCCCAGCAAGGUCACACAUCAGCUCAAUCUUGGGGUGCUGCUGAAAGAGAAAUAUAAUCGAAUAGGCGAUGAAGCAGACUUCCUUAAUGCGGCUGAAAAUAUAGAGGGAGCGCUUGCUCUUGCAACAGAUGAACACCAUGAUCGUUCGAUGUGGUAUGAGAUAUUCGCUGAGCUGUGUGAUCUGCGGCACCGAAACCUUCGACUGUUGGAUGAUCUAGAGAAGGUCGUGCAGCUCCGACACGAGUCCUUGUCUGCAAUUGAGAAUAACGAUGAAUCAGCCAAGUCACCUACUAUCAAAGCUGAUCAGGAGGCAGCAAAGCCAACUCAUCAGUUCAAUCUAGCAUUGUCUCUUGAUGAACUUUAUGUCGAAAGACGCUCUCUCGGGGACUUACAAGAAUCAAUUGCAAUGGUUAGAGAAGAAAUAGCUGCUAUUCCGGAGGAGGACCCUGACUGGCUGAUUCUCAUACGGUUUCUUUACCUCCGGCUACAUUCACUAUAUCUUGAAACAGGAGUCCUUGAGGAUCUUGAGGAGUCUAUCAGUCUUAACAGACAAUUUAUUGAGAAGGGCGGAGAAGAGCACCCUGAUAUGUCUGUACAGCUCAAUAAUAUUUCGGUCAACCUCAUGGCUAUCUUCGAAAGAACGGGAGACCCAACCCAGGUUGACGAGUCCAUCCGGUAUGGACUGGAAAGCCUGAGAGUCAUAUCAAAAGAUGAUCCAGGCUACAGAUUAGUUUUGAGUAACCUGGCAACAGCACUCUCUGUUCGGGCUCGUGUGUCUGGUUCCUUGGUGGACCUAGACGAUGCCAUAUUCUAUGGCAGAUCUGCUCUAAACGCAAUAUUGGAGGAAGACCCUGAUCGACACGUUCAGUUCCAUAACCUAGCUUCGGCGUUACUUAAAAAGUACAAUCGGAGUUAUGGCGACAUGGGUCUUCUGCAUGAAGCAAUUACAAUGUCAAGAAAAGCCCUCAGCUGUGUCUCGGAUGACCAUCCAGACAGGGAGACAUACCAGAAUCGACUUGCUUCGGCCCUCAGUUCCCGAUACGAUGCGCUCAAGUUAUCCCAGGAUCUAGACGAGAGUAUAAAGCUCAUCAGAGACGUCGCUCGCGCAAUGACUGAUAAAUAUACUGGACGAACAUCUGCCAGGGGUACUUUUGCCAUUCUAUUGCAGAAGCAGGUGAGGGACGGUGGAGGCUCCCUGUAUGACGUGAAUGAAGCUAUCGAAAUCUCACAAAAAGCCUUGGACCUGACACCUGAGGACUCUCCAUCCAGAACAGAGCACUGGACUAUGCUGGGUGGUUUAUAUGUCAGCAAGUAUACACUGUCGAGACUGCAUAGUUAUAUGGAGACAGCAGUUGAGUACUAUCGGUUAGCAGUCACACACCCUACUGGCGAUCCCUUGCACCGCGUCAUUGCCGCAACAGCUAUAGUGCAUCUUUGUCCAGAAUUCGAUCAGGCAUAUGAAAUCGGACUUGCAGCCCUGGAUAUGGUCCCCAUGCUUGCUUCAGUGCGCUCACUUGAAACGGCUGACAGACAGUACUUGUUGGGCCACGCAGCAGGUCUCGCAGCUAAUACAGCUGGAGCAGCUCUCAGGAUUGGAAAGAAGCCAUCAGAAGCUCUUUCUAUCCUGGAACAGGGUCAUGGGUUACUCGCGUCAUCUCUAGAUGAGAUUCGUACCGAUAUCAAGGACCUCCAAAACUCAUUCCCUGAACUGGCAGACGAGUUCGUAAAGCUUCGGAGUGAGCUUGAUUCCUCCGAUAACUCACCAUCGAAGGAAAAGGACAUGGUGAAUGGACGCCGUCGUCAUGAUGCUGGCAAGGCGUUUGAUGACUUACUUAACCAAAUCCGUUUGAAGCCGGGGUUUGAGGAUUUUCUGGGGCCUUUGACGACCGAUCAGAUGUUGUCCGCUGCAGCUCGCGGUCCUGUGGUGGUAAUCAACAGUAGUUGGAUGGGUAUCGAAGCCAUCAUCAUACAAGAAGAAAAACUAUCGUCACUGGCCUUUGUAAAUAAGAAGGAAUACAAUGCUAUCUACAACGUAGCAGAGCAUGAUUAUGGCAGCCCUGAGACACUUGAGUUACUUUGGACCUCGAUCAUGGAUGCGAUUUUGAAAGAAUUGGGCUUUACAGAAACACCCUCAGAGGGACAAGAAUGGCCUCACGUCUGGUGGAUUCCUACAGGCCAUUUGAGCAGGUUUCCCAUACACGCUGCCGGGCUUCAUCUGCAGCGAUCUGGGGAAACGGUAAUGGAUCGGGUGAUCUCCUCAUACAGUCCGUCUGUAAAGGCCUUGGUCCAUGGCCGUCGCCGCCGCAUGACACCCAAAGGCCCUGCCCAGGCUCCUCUCGUCGCUAUGGAGCAGACACAAAAUCAGGCUCCCCUACCAAAGGCUAUGGAAGAAGUUGAACUGGUCAGCAAGAUUUGUGAUAGUAUGGGAGUUAAAUCCGUGGUCGCUGGCUCGGGCAAGCAAGAUGCUCUGGACCGCUUGCGAAGUAGCAAGAUCUUCCAUUUUGCAGGGCACGGCUACACGGAUAGUACCAAUCCGUCCAAGAGUCAUCUGUGCUUUGGCGAUGUCAACGAUCCACUGACUGUAGCAAACCUAUUAGAGUUGAACCUCCACGAUGAGUCACCUUUUCUCGCUUAUCUUUCAGCUUGUAGCACGGGGCGUGUUCAGGAUGAGGAUUACAUCGACGAAAGCAUACACCUCAUCAGUGCUUGCCAAUUAGCAGGAUUUAGGCACAUCAUCGGAACACUGUGGAGGGUACAAGACGAGCAUUUUGUUGAUGUCGCGCGUAUCACCUAUGAAACCAUAAAGGAAGAAGGAAUGACUGAUGAUUCGGUAUGUCGUGGGCUACACAAGGCUAUGCGAUUGAUGAGGGAUGCUUGGCUUGAGGUUGCGGACGAGGAUGACGACUCAGCAUCGAGAACGGUUCGAGAAGCCAGGGAUAUUAUUUCUUGCGACGACGAUAGUGUGGCUCCAGCUUACUGGGUGCCAUAUGUCCAUUUUGGAAUAUAG